AGGUCUGAUCCCAAAUCUAUGAACACCCACCCCUUCAUCUCGUUCCAUUGCUCGCCCAACCAUCGCUUCGAUCCAACCGGCGGCGGCCGGCGGCCAGCGCGAUCGGGCACCCUCCCGGCCCGGCGGCCCCCUAUGCCCUGAACGCGAAAUCCGAAGCCUGACGCGCCGGUUUCGCCAUCCGCCACCAUGGCCUCCAUGGAGCCCUUCAACCGGCUGGUGAGGCUGGCGGCGCGCGCCUUCUACGACGACAUAUCCAUGAAGGGCGACAACCAGCCCAAGACCUCCCGCGGGGAUAACCGCGGCAUGGCCGUCGUCGUCCUCGACGCGCUCACCAGACGGCAGUGGGUCAGGGAGGAAGAUUUGGCUAAAGCGCUGAAGCUCCACUCGAAACAGCUGCGGCGCAUUCUCCGCUUCUUUGAAGAGGAGAAACUAGUCACAAGGGAUCACAGGAAGGAGUCUGCAAAAGGAGCAAAAGCACAUAAUGUUGCGGCUGCUGCAGCUUCCAGCGAGGGUCCACCAGUCACUAAGGAGGGAGAGGAAAAAAUAAAGAUUCACACACAUUCAUACUGUUGCUUGGAUUAUGCUCAGAUUUGUGAUGUUGUAAGGUACCGCAUUCACCGCAUGAAGAAAAAAUUGAAGGAUGAAUUGGACAGCAGAAAUACAAUUCAACACUACAUAUGUCCUAGCUGUAAUAAAAGAUAUUCAGCCUUUGAUGCAUUGCAAUUGGUAAGCUACACGGAUGAGUACUUCCAUUGUGAAACCUGCAACGGUGAACUGGUUGCAGAGAGUGACAAGCUUGCUUCUGAGGAAAUGGGAGAUGGCGAUGACAAUGUUAGAAAGCGUAGGCGUGAGAAAUUGAAGGACAUGCAACAAAGAAUUGAAGAGCAAUUGAAGCCAUUGGUGGCACAACUUGAAAGAGUGAAGAAUCUACCUGCUCCUGAGUUUGGGAGUCUGCAGACAUGGGAAAGAGCAAAUAUUGGUGCUUUUGCAAAUGGUGACCCUAGUGCAGCUGAUUCAUCUAGGAACUCACAAGGGCAGUAUGGUACGCCAAUGCCUUACAUGGGUGAGACAAUGAUAAAACUUACAGAGCUGAAUCAGUUCACAGUUGUACCUUUGGUUGAAGUUGUAGUUGAUGGUGAGAAAGAAGCUGGUACUGAAUCGGGAAAAAAUGGUUCGGACAUGAAAGUCUUACCUCCAUGGAUGAUCAAAGAUGGCAUGAAUCUUACAAAGGAACAAAGAGGAGAGACCAGCAAGGAAUCAAAAUUUGAUGAAAAAUCAGAAGCCAAGGAUGACAAAAAACAGGACUCGAAAGAUGAUCAAAUUAUACAGGAGGAAUACAUAAAGGCUUAUUAUGAGGCCUUGAGGAAAAAGCAGGAAGCGGAAGAAGCAAAGAGGAGAAUGCAGCAAGAAGGUGAGACUUUUGUCUCUGAUUCUCAAUCUGAACGCCAGGUGGGCAAGAAAUACAAGCGGGAGGAUGAAGAUGAAGGUAUUGAAUGGGAAGAGCAGCAACCUACAGGGAAUGCAACCGAGCAAUACAAAUUGGCAGAUUUAAAUGCGGAGGCUCAAGAAUCUGGUGAUGAUGAAGAUGAAGUUGAGUGGGAAGAUGGUUAAUACUUGCCGGUGGCCCCCAGCUCCCUCCGGGAUUUUGUUGAAAUAGUUCAAUCCCAGCACGUGACCGAUGGGGGAUCUUCUGUGGAUAUUCUCUGCGGAUUACACAGCAAAGAAAAAUGUUGACAGCACUGCACUAAUGAGUUUGAUUCUGUUGCGCUUAAUGAUGAAAAACUUGUUCAAGUGAAAGGCCAGCUCCUAUGGAUUUUCAGUUGAAGGAUGUGCAAAAUAUAUUCCUAUAUUCGAGGAGGAAAUGAACAUUUUUUCCCUGUAAUUCUGAAGAGCUGCGAACUAUUAUUUUGUGGAUGAUUUUACAUGCCAGCAAAAGAAAUUACAAAGUUCUGAGAGUUAAAUGGGCAGAUGCAGAUCCAAAUUCUAAACUGUGCUUCAUUACGCUGCGUCCUACCAUCGAAGAAUCAUAACAGAUUGAACAUAAGUUGUGUUAACUACUUUAUUAAGAGUAAAAUAUUAUUCUAUACCUA